AAAGAAAAAAAGAGAGCUUGUUUUUCAUUCCCUUUUGUCUAUCAAGAGAAAAUAAAUAUCUACCUUCUUCUUCCAUUAACCUCUCUCUCUCUCACAGAGUAAGAAGAAGAGAAAAAAGACCCAAAUCCAAAUGCCAUGUACUCAUCUUCAUCUUCUUCUCCUCCUCUUGUUUCUUUCUCCACUCUCUGCUUCAGCAAAGAACAACAACAAGGCCUUCAUCAUCAUCAAAGGAAACCAAACGCUUCUGAGUUCCCAAAGCAUAUUCCGCCUCGGUUUCUUCAACCCCUCCACCAAUGGCCAUUCCAACUGGUAUCUGGGAAUCUGGUACGCUUCCUCUUCACCCAAACCGGUUUACGUCUGGGUCGCCAAUCGUAACCGCCCCGUCUCCGAUCCACUCUCCUCAACCCUCGAACUCACCACCACAGGCCACCUAAUCCUCAACAACCCCCUCAACGGCGUCGUUUGGCAGUCCAACAACAAAAAACCAGCCUCCAAUUUCCACUUCUCCGAUUCCGGUAACUUAAUUCUAACCGGAGACUCCUCCUCCGGUUCUUCUCCGGUUUGGCAAAGCUUUCAAAAUCCAACCGACACGUGGCUCCCGGGCAUGAACGUCACGUGGCAAACCACUUUCACCUCGUGGCGAACCCCUUCCGACCCUUCCUCGGGUUCUUACUCCCUAAAGCUCAGCCCAACCUUCAACGAGUUCCAACUCCUCCACAACCAAACGACGCCGUACUGGUCAACCGGUAACUGGACUGGUCAAUCCUUCGUCGGCGUCCCUGAGAUGACCGUCCCUUACAUCUACACCUUCCAGUUCCUAAACCCCUACACUCCCGCGGCGUCGUUUCGUUACAUCGUCACCUCCUCAUCCCCGGGGCAGCCGCGGCUCUCGCGGUUCGUGGUUGACUCCAACGGCCAGCUUAAGCAGUGGACGUGGGAGCCGCAGAACCAGUACUGGAACAUGUUCUGGUUGCAGCCUGACGAUCAGUGCCGUGUUCACGCUCUCUGCGGCGAGUUUGGGUUCUGCAGCAGCGGCGAAAACCUACUCUCGCCCUGUGCUUGCAUCCGUGGUUUUUGUCCCAAGAACGAAGCCGCGUGGGGUUUUAAGGAUUAUAGUGAUGGAUGCGGUCGUGAGUAUGGAGACUCCUCCUGUGAUGGGAGAGAUACGUUUGUGGCGGUUGGGGAUUUGCGGUAUGAUGGUGACGUGGAGAUGUGGCGGUUACAGCAGGUAAGUAAAAGCUCUUGUGAGAAGAGCUGUUUAGGGAACUGUUCUUGUGUGGGGUUUUAUUACAAUGACAAGUCGAAUUUAUGUAAGAUUUUACUUGAAGCGCCAGUGAAUAUUAAGAACACUAGCUCUUGGACUGGAAUUACUGAGGAUGUUUUGUAUAUUAGAGAUCAGAUUAAAGAGAGUUCAUCAAAGAGAAGCGUUUCUAGAGGCGUUAUUAUACUGUGCUGCGUUGUUGGUUCAAUCUCAAUUCUUGGGUCUACCUUGUUUGUGUUCUUGAUUCUGUUGAGGAAGAGUAAGAAGACAAAGAAAGAAGAGGAAGAUGGGUUUGCUGUGUUGAAUCUAAAGGUCUUUUCUUUCAAGGAGCUUCAUAAAGCUACCAAUGGGUUCUCUGAGAAGCUCGGACACGGUGGGUUCGGCGCUGUUUUCAAAGGAACGUUACAGGAUUCUUCCACUUUCGUUGCUGUGAAGCGCUUAGAGAGACCCGGAAGCGGCGAGGGAGAGUUUCGGGCAGAGGUGUGCACUAUUGGGAACAUUCAGCACGUUAAUCUCGUUAGGCUUCGAGGUUUCUGUUCAGAGAAUCUCCACAGGCUUCUCGUCUAUGAUUACAUGCCAAACGGGUCUUUGAGCUCUUUCUUGUCGAGGACCAGUCCCAAGUUGCUAAGCUGGGAAACGCGUUUCAGGAUCGCUAUAGGGACUGCCAAAGGGAUCGCGUAUCUGCACGAAGGGUGUAGGGACUGUAUUAUUCACUGUGAUAUCAAACCGGAGAAUAUUUUAUUGGACAGUGAUUACAACGCCAAAGUAUCUGAUUUCGGAUUGGCCAAGCUUGUUGGCCGUGACUUCAGCAGGGUUCUUGCCACUAUGAGAGGGACAUGGGGAUACGUUGCUCCCGAGUGGAUCUCGGGUUUACCCAUCACGAAUAAAGCUGAUGUGUAUAGCUUCGGAAUGACACUGCUUGAGCUUAUAGGUGGUCGAAGAAAUGUCAUUAGCGAUACACCUGGAGAGAAAGAUGAGAAAGAACCAGAGAAAUGGUUCUUUCCUCCAUGGGCAGCGCGGGAAAUCAUACAAGGAAACGUGGACUUGGUAGUCGACUCUAGACUCAACGGAGAAUACAACAAUGAAGAGGCGACAAGGAUGGCCACGGUGGCCGUAUGGUGCAUACAAGACAAUGAAGAGAUAAGGCCGGCAAUGGGAAUGGUGGUGAAGAUGCUUGAAGGAGUUGUUGAGGUGACGGUUCCUCCACCGCCUAAGUUGAUACAAGCUCUAGUCUCAGGCGACUCAUAUCAUGGAGUGGGCAAUGGUUUGAGUGGCACAAGCUGUAGUGAAGGCAGGGGUUGUUCUGAUCUCAUGACUGGAUUGUCUAGUCCUGGCUCACGGUCGUCUUUUGGUGGUAAACCUCCUUCUUCUCCCUGAUCAGUUUGUAGAUGGUUUUGUGUUAAUAACGGUCUUAAAAUGUCUGUGUGUUUUUUUUUGGCUCUCUAAGAGGGUUUAGUUAGUAUAAUCUGUAGUUGCUGGUUGUAUGAAAAAAUGAAGCUUUAAUUUGUCAUUUCCUAUUAAUCAAAAAGAAAAGGGGGAUGAGAUUUAGUCAAACUGUACCUUGAAUAGUUAUCAAAAUUCAGUUGGAUCCA